UCAGUAAAGAAAAUAUUUUAACCCCUAUUGCUAUGGAAUAUCCGAAAGGAAAUAUGAACCGAAUUAAUUAAAAUUAUUAAGUCGACCACAACAAUAAAGAUAAAAAAUAAAAAAAUUGGAACAUUCACAAAGUAGAGGAAUAAGUCAAAACGAAGCUGAAUCAACAAGUCUUGGACUCCCAGUGUGAUUAGGAAGUACUAAAUCCUUUCAGAUUGAGAAAAGAAAGAAACAAAAGCGGCCUAAACGUAAGCCGAUACACCUCGUAGUUAGCACCUUUCUGACGCAAUACCGCAUUCAUUAUACAUAGCAAAGAAGAACAGAAAGAACAGAAGAGAGAAGAGAGAAGAGAAGAAGAAAUACAUCAAUUCGCAGCAUACUUAAAAAGUCAAACAAAGGUCAAUAGGAUCUGAGUCAGAAACAUAGAGACAAAAGGCGCGAUGGCGGACACUCUAGCUUCGUUGAGGUCGUUGAUGGCUUCUCAUUCCCCUCCCCUUGAUGCCUUGGUUGUUCCUUCCGAAGAUUAUCAUCAGAGUGAGUAUGUAUCCGCCAGAGAUAAGAGGCGCGCCUUCGUAUCUGGUUUCACUGGAAGUGCUGGCUUGGCUGUUAUAACCAUGGAGGAUUCACGGCUGUGGACUGAUGGACGUUACUUUCUACAGGCAUCACAAGAACUCAGUGACCAGUGGAAGCUCAUGCGGAUGGGAGAGGACCCUCCAGUUGAUGUCUGGAUGGCAGAUAAUCUACCCAAGGCGUCAUCCAUCGGAGUCGAUCCGUGGUGUGUCUCAGUAGACACAGCUCAGAAGUGGGAACGGCUGUUUAGUAGAAAAGACCAAAAGUUGGUUCAAACAUCCAAAAAUUUGGUGGAUGAAGUUUGGACAAGCCGGCCACCACUUGAGAUAAAUCCUGUUGUCGUGCAUCCUCUUAAAUUUUCUGGCCGUUCUGUUACUGAAAAAUUGAAGGAUUUGAGAGAGAAACUUGUGCAGGAAAAAGCACGCGGAAUCGUGAUAACAACGCUUGAUGAGGUUGCCUGGCUUUAUAACAUUCGUGGGAAUGAUGUCUCAUACUGCCCAGUUGUUCACGCAUUUGCUGUUGUGACGUUAACGUCAGCCUUUUUUUAUGUGGACAGAAGGAAAUUAUCUUCUGAGGUCACCACAUAUAUGAAGGAAAAUGGAAUUGAAGUACGAGAAUAUGGUGAUGUCGCCUCUGAUGUUGGCCUACUUGCAUCUGAUCAACUUACUCCCUCAAAUGAAGGUGGACAUGUUAACGACCUGAUUUGGGUGGAUCCUGGGAACUGCUGCUUUGCUUUGUACUCAAAACUCAACGCAGACAAAGUUCUCUUGCAACAAUCACCUUUGGCUCUUGCCAAAGCUUUAAAGAACCCUGUUGAGAUGGAUGGGCUGAAAAAGGCGCAUAUUCGUGAUGGGGCAGCGGUUGUCCAGUAUCUUGUCUGGUUGGAUAAACAGAUGCAGGAACUAUAUGGUGCUUCUGGUUACUUUAUGGCAGCUGAGAGUGUCAAUAAGAAUAAGAACACCACUAAACUCACAGAACUCUCUGUAAGUGAUAAGUUAGAGCAGUUCCGUGCAGCAAAAGAGCAUUUCAGAGGCUUGAGCUUCCCAACUAUUUCUUCUGUUGGUCCAAAUGGUGCAAUUAUUCAUUAUUCUCCUGAUGCCAAAAAUUGUGCCGAGCUUGAACCUGAUAGUAUCUACCUAUUUGAUUCAGGAGCACAGUAUUUAGAUGGGACGACAGAUAUAACCCGGACUGUUCACUUUGGGAAACCCACACCACAUGAGAAAUCAUGUUAUACUGCAGUUCUGAAGGGUCAUAUUGCAUUGGGUAAUGCGCGAUUUCCAGGCGGAACUAAUGGUAAUACUCUCGAUAUUCUCGCUCGGUUGCCUUUGUGGAAGUAUGGGCUUGAUUAUAGGCAUGGAACUGGUCAUGGAAUUGGGUCGUACUUAAAUGUUCAUGAAGGACCCCACCAAAUUAGUUUCAGGCCAGCAGCACGGAAUGUGCCGUUACAAGCUUCAAUGACCGUCACAGACGAACCUGGAUAUUACGAGGAUGGAAAGUUUGGUAUAAGACUAGAGAAUGUGCUCAUCAUCAAGGACGCCGAUACAAAGUUCAAUUUUGGUGAGAAGGGAUACUUAACAUUUGAGCAUAUAACAUGGGCACCGUAUCAGACCAAGUUGAUUGAUCUUAGCCUUUUGGUGCCUGAAGAAAUCGAAUGGUUGAAUGAUUACCACUCAAAGUGUAGAGAUAUCCUAGCGCCAUAUUUAGAUGAAUCUGAAAUGGCAUGGCUGAAAAAAGCCACUAUACCAGUUUCUGUUUGAAUAAUGUCACUGAAGAGUUGAAACUCAACUCAAGCUAUUUGGAAGUCAAUUCUUUCACUUUGAUUAUUAUUUUUACUCUUUUGAUAAACACAGACAAGUACACUUUGAGGUCGAUGCUUUGAUAAUAUGAUUAUUGUCGAAUGAAGUAUAGUAGAUGUUUUGAUAAUAUAAUUAUUGUCAAAUGAAUUUUAUACGCUGUUUCUUGGGGUUGGGUUGAGAGAAGAAUGACCACACGACAUUUGUGCAGCAAUUUAAAAGAUAUUAAUGGAGUCAGGGAUUCAUUU